AUUUAGGUGGGGAUAAUGUGAACAUCUCUCGAGUUACGGUUCUUUCUUCUUCUUCUUUGUUUUGUUUCAUUUUAUUGUUUAAUUAAAAUUCAUGUCUCUCCUUCUCGGCUACUCCCCGAAGCUCUUCAUUCGGAAACCUGUGUUGGUAAGAGCCUCUGGUGGCGGCUCAUCUUCCCUGGUGCAAACCCCUCCUUGUUUCAUCCUUGGCGCAGAUCCUUGUGGGGCAGAUCAUGUAUUACUCGAAUAUGCAUAUUCUAUGAAAAAUCAUCCUAGAUUGAGAAAAAAGGCGCCUGAGCAGCUAGUGUAUAACGAUGCAGAGGUAACAACAAUCGGGUCCUCUCAUGGCUGGGUAGCCUCUUUGAUGCAUGGCGUUGGCACUCUUUGUCUCCAUGAUGAUCUAAACCCGGUUGCAUCAGAUGCAAAUCCAAAACGCAUCUUGCUGCCUCCUCUUGUAACUGUGCCUCAUUGCCAAACCCAAAUCGUCACCAACGUGUCCUUGUCCUCACCAUCUCCAGAGGACGAAGAUUGUGUCGUGGCUGUCAAGUUCUUGGGACCCCAACUCAGCUACUGCAGACCCUCCUCUGCUCUAGGCAGCAAGUCCAAGUGGUUCAACAUCAGGAUCGCAAACCCUAGCUUCUUCUCCUCCCGUGUCAUGUUUUCCAAGGAACUUAACAUGUUCCGCAUACCUGGAGCUGGAGGCCAAAUCAUUGGGUCAUGGGAUCUCUGCAAAGACCAGCACACACCCGAGAUUCUGGUGUUGCGAUAUCGUUACCUUCCCGAGCUGAGCGAAGCAGAACGUGAGGUUAUGGAUACCUGUUUCACCACCGAACACUUGGUGGAAUCACAAUCCACAGGUGAAACCUUUUUGGUCAAGUGUUUCAGACAGAGCGUGGGCGGUGGUACCAGUUGGGAAACAAAAGCUGUAAUGGUGUUCAGGGUACUUCCCUUGGGAAAUGCAUUGUACACUCAAGACAUUGGAGAUCUCACCAUUUUCAUCUCAAAGUCUGAAGCAUUCUGUGUCCGUGCAAGCUCUUUUCCUGAUGUGAGACCUAACGAAGUCUAUAUCUUGGAGGACACCGAGAUUGCAUUUUUCAGGCUUGCUGAUUCUGACAUCUCAGGUCAUACGAAAAGAGUCGUGGCCCCUUACUUUAUUCCACCUCAAAAUAUUGAAUAUCAAGUUUGGGAUUGAGUUGAGUCUAGAGUCUGUCUUCUCUUUAAAAGCUUUCAGCCAUCAAAAUAUAAUCUGUUUUAGUUUACUCUAUGUUAAGACAAAAUUAAUUACUAUCUCAAUAA